AUGCUGCAGCUGAACUCCGGAAUCCGCGGAUCAAUGGCUGUACCUCAUUUCGCGGCUCGAAAGAGCACCACUUCUCGGCAAUCCGACGGUGUUGGGUACUUGCCAGUUGUUACGAUUGCUUCUGGCCAUUCUUGUUCAGCUGUCGAGGUCGGACUAACGUCGAACAGCUUCAUAAGCGACUUCUUUAAACGAGUUCGUCAGCGCCCUGAGUCGUCAUUCGUACAAUCAGAUACCGGACUCUCGGUAAAGUAUUAUAAGCACAUCGGUUAA